AUGGCGGAACCGGGUGACUCGGUGCGGAUAGAUGACGUGGAAAACAGUAGCGAUGAUGAAGAAGAGGAUGAAGAGGAAACCAGUACAGAAAUCGAUGAAAGUUCAGCUGAAGAGAGUAGCAGUGAAGAUGAUGAUGAGGCGAAAAGUAGUGAUGAUGAUGGAGAUGAUAACACCAAUGUUUGGGAUUCUAUGGAUGAUGGAGCACAAACUGAAGAAGCAGUUGAAGCUUCACUACAGGCGGAUUACACAAAAGCUCUCAACUUUAUCAUAGAUGGUCGUAAGCAGAAAGCGCUUAUAAUAAUGGAAAGACUUCUUCAACAUCCAAUCCUUCAAAAGUUUGAAGUUAAUAUCAAUUUUUUCAACUGGGAUGAAGCUAGAAAAGAAGCUUGUGCGAAUCAUUCUCGUGUGUCAGCUAUGGCUCGACUGUUUUCAUCCUUGCACUUCAAUAUCGGUCGACUUCUAGACGACCCAAUAGACCACUUGUUGAGUGCAUUAACCGUAUAUCCAAAUGACGAAUAUUUAUGGAAAUAUAUAGGAGAAGAAUCCCUGAAAAUACGAGAUUGGUCUAUGGCAUUGUACGCAUUCGGAAACUGUUCAUCUGCUUGGAGUGUUAUUCGUGGGACUCUUAUCGCUUUAUAUAACGCCAACCUGUUUGAAGAUUGUCUCCUGAAAAUAAAAUCUGUAUUAGAGUACGACAAAACAUAUUUUAUGGGACGGGUUUUGAAACAAAUCAUUCGAGAAACGAAUUCUUAUUGGGAAAUGAAAUGUCGUCAAGUGUUCAACGAAGAUCCGGUUCUUGUGCAGGAUGAAGAUGCUGUGAAAAUAACAGAAAAGGAAAAAGAAUUGAUUCUAAAUGAAAUGAAAAAUACUGGGAAGUUUAUUGCUGGAGUUGAACCUGCAUUCAAACCAGUAGUGGUUGAUGUGGGCACUUGUUCAAACAACAUAUUUCUGCAGUUCUCAAAACAGUCUAUUGUGCUAUGUGGUACGAACGUGUUGGAUGAAUUUGAUGAAGUUGCUCAUGAUGCAUCUGCUGACCUUAUAGACUGUGUUAACGUCGUUCAGGAUUUAAUUGAUAGGAUUGUAUCCGUAGAAGCUAUUCGGCCUGCUUCAAGCAUUGUAAAUUCCGGUUUGGACUGGAGGCGACGUUCCGUUCGUUUUCGCGCAGAAUUUAACAUUGAGGAAUCUGGCUCAGAAAAUGACAAGAUUUUGAUUGCUUCAGUACUAAUGGAUGAUAGAGCAUCGUUACGUAGAUGCGUGAUAUAUCUUGCAAGAAGGUUUAUGGACGGAAAUGGACGAAUUUUUGAGAUUUUGGAGCAGUUACUUCUUUGGUUCUCGAAGAACUGCUUUUGCAUUAUUAUCACGGACUACUUACGAGAGGUAAUUAUUGGUUGUUAUGGUCGAUGGAUUACUAAUUUUGGGAAUACUUCGAUGAUUUGUGGCGAUGAAUUCCUUUCUAUCCAUACCAUGUUAGCUGAACUAGGCUUCGAAAAAGCUGUAUUUGUUUGUUACUCUUCACUUCCUUCGUCUUUGGAACAAGAUUUACGCAUUCGAAUACUUUGGUCAAUUGCAUUGAAUAGUGCAAACACUUUCCCUUUUCAGAUUUGUAAAAAUCAUCUGUGGAUGUUAUUAGCUGCAUUAAAAUCUGGGUGCAAUUCUGAAGUCAAAUACCAGUCGCUGAUUAGUGGCCAUGAAUUAAUCAACUUAGAAACAGUUCAGGAUCUCAUUACCCAGAUGGAGCGUCAAGAAAAGCUUGAAGCUAUUCAGCGAUUGUUCGAUGGUCGUCACUUUGAUAGGGUGGUUGACAUUAUCAUCGACAACUUCAGUUGGAAAGAUGUUGAUCGUAGUGUUCUUCUUUCUACAGCGAUGAUCCUUAUUGAUUCAUAUCUUGAAUUAAACAACAUGGAUGGUGCAUCUGAAUGGAUUAGCAGAUUGCUGGAUUUUACUGGAGGACUUGCUGGAACUGAGGAAGUGAUUGCAAGGUUGAAACAACUUGCUAUAGAACGUAUUUGCUUAGAAAAUACUUCUAAUCUAGUCCAUUGCAUUGUUCAUCUUCUUGUUCUCAGCGGAUAUGAAUCUGACACUACUCUUUGGCUUUUACUUUAUCGUUGUGCUUACCAUUUGGAGGGAGAGCACACAGUGGAAACAUUAUCCGCACUAUAUGACGGUGGUUGUCAAAUGCUUACAUCUGCUUUGAAUAUCCUAGUCACUGCUCAUGAAGUGAUAGCUAAGCACAACAAAUGCUUCGUCGAUGACCAUAGUUUUCCAUUGUUUAUUUUAAAUGAAUUUUCGAAAAUUCGGGCUCAUCCUGCCGUCAUUGAAGUUCUUUCAACACGAGAAUGCAUCGAACAAAGUCGUGCUUUCAUAGAUGAAGUUCAUCAAUGUCUAUUUUGUCUAUACGCGUGCCCAUCAAGACGUAAAAGACAGCUGGAAGAACAUGGAGGCACACACAAUCAUGAGCCAAAUUUGAAGGAUAUUGAAAACGUUUUAUCGCUGCUCUUGCCUGACAAAAUACCUCCAUAUGAUGGCACUUGUUCUUUUGAUCUGAUUGAAUUCGUGCAAAAGAAAGCAUCUUCGUUUUUGGAGCCUACAGAGAAUGAAAAAGAAAAGCUGUUCGCAUUUGAUCGUUUCAUUGCGCAAGCAGAGGUUCACGCGGAUUGGCCUCGAAUUGCAGAAAGUUCUCAGCUUCGAUCAGGAGUUUUUUAUCAGCUAGCACUACAUUCCUAUCGCAAUCACAAAGUAGAUGAUGCUGUCUACUAUGCCAAAUUGUUUCUUCUUUAUGCUUCUGCUACACUACCUAACGAAGUGUUUUUUUGGGAUUGGACCGUUCUAGCUUUCGCUGCUACUUCAGUUUUCUUUGCGGGAAGUUCUUCUUUAUUAAUGAACAAAAAGAUUACAGUGGAUGAAGAUGAAAUGUCCUCGCACUUCGAUUGUAGUGUUUUUUCUUUUCGAAUGGCUCUUUUUUUUGAUCCGUUUGAUCGAUAUGUUAUAUUUAAUUUUGGUAGCGCUUUAUAUCAAAUCAAUUCUCGGAUUCGUCGAUACAGAGACAAGCUUUCUUUGGAUGAUAUUCGACAUCGAUGGGCAAACCGCCGAAUCAAAGGCCUCCUCGAAGAAAGUCGACGUCAAUUUGAGACCUGUCUAUCACGUUUGCCGGAUGGUGAUGUAGACAAAUGGCGAUGUCACUACUUCCUAGCGAAAAUUGCAGAAAAAUGCGGAGGCGCUCUUGAAGAUGUAUUCCAUCAUUAUCAUGAAUCAGCUCUUCAAUUACAAACUGCAGGAGUUCAGUAUCCGAGUAGAAUCAAUACCAAAAGGCAGGAGCAUGUGGAAGCAAUCGAGAUCCAUUAUCGUGCUUAUGCCUCUUUGCUGAAGUAUUUACUAGAAAGGGAAACAGACUGGGAUCGAGAGGACCUGAUAUUGAUGCACUCAUUUGCUUUGUGCUUUCGAAAUCAUGGUGUUUGUAAACAAAAGGAUAAUGACGAAUUCUCACAGUGCCCACGAGUAAAAGCAGUUGUUAGCAAUCUUAUGUAUAGAUGCACGGAGCCAACUGAUACUGUGCAACGAGUGCUCAAGGAUUUAAGAGAACGGACUGCCCUUAAAUUAGAGAUUCUGCAACUCUGUGAAGAAGCUUUCAACAUUUGCAUUCGUAGAUUUCCACACUUUAAAUCAUACUAUCGACUGUCGCAACUAGCUCUAUACAAAGGAGAUAUCCUGGAAGCUUCAAAUUAUUUAUUUGGUCGUUUCUUGGUCAAGAAAAGGGCAAACUUUAAUCCAGAUAACCUAUUCGAGGUCAUCUCUAGAAUUCAUUCUCAAAUUAAAGGAUUCAUAAAAAAGUCCCAUCAUAAUGGUUUGCAGAAUGUGAUAACGAUUUUCUGUAAAGAUAUUGACCGGGGAGAUGCACUUCAGUACCAUCUUGCUCGUAUCAGCGCUUUAGCAAUAUAUCUCUGUGCUUUAUUAGAUGAUUUCGAGGCUCUUGCAACCUUGAUUCAUACAUUCUGCACAUUGGAUUUUUGUAAUAAUACUGAUUAUUUGUUGAAACGAGAUCUGGUAGUGCUCUAUCGUAAUAGUUUGAGCAGAUUUUUCGAUUGCAUACAGCGGAAGAUAAAAAACAAUACAGUGGAGAGCCAACUUCUCUCUUCGGUUUAUGAUCUUUAUCAGUAUGCUGAAAGGAAUAAUGUACUACGCCUCUGCGAACGAAUUCGGCCAAUAAUUGUUUCAGCUACCAGAAAAUUUACUGGUUAUGAUGAGAAGAUUGAACCAGUGUUAUUUUGCAAGCAACUCUAUACCGCUUCAAAGAGAAAGUUGGGCAAACGAAAACUGAGUAGCAGUUCAAUCAUUCAAUCGAAGUCGUUCCGCCUAUUCUCUAGUCCAAAUUCCAGUCUUACAUUUACAUAG